CUGGGAGGCACUAGGGAUACCUGACCAGAAGGAGCACCUCUGGCCUCAGUGGCUGAUGCUCCAGGUGCAGUGCCAACAGGCCAUCUGCAGACUGCUUUCACGCCACAGCGCAGCUGCAAUGCCCAAGGCUGUGGACCUGACUGAGCGGCGUGAUGCUCGCACUGCCAAAACCAAGAAGCUGAAGUCAUAUGGCCCACCCAGUGCUGUCAAGCUGCAGGUGCUGGGCACGGGUGCAGAGGGUGCGCCACGAUCCCUCUAUGUCUUUACCACCAGUGCCAGCUACCUGUUCAACUGCGGCGAGGGGACGCAGCGUCUGUCGCACGAGCGCAAGACACGGCUGGCGCGGCUGGAGAAUGUGUUCAUCACCACCAACGCCUGGCGGAAUGUGGGCGGCGUGCUGGGCGCGCUGCUCACCCUCAACGACAUCGGGGUGCCGGCGCUGACACUUCACGGGCCGCCGGGACUGAACGCGCUGUACCGCGACACGCGCAACUUCAUCCAGCUGCGCGGCAUGAACGUGUCGCACCGCAGCGAGACGCACGCGGACUUCGUCGACGUCGGGCUGACGGUGCGCGCUGUGCCGCUGUGGGGCGCCGCCGCGAGCCGCGAGCCGCCGGCCGUCGCCGCCGGUCCCCCGCCGGUCGACUACUUCGCUUUCGAGAGGACGGGCGGCGCCGGCGGGCCGCCGCUGCCGGAGCGGGCCGUGUCGUACGCCUAUGUAUGCUCGGUGCCGGACCGCGCCGGCCGCCUCCUGCUGGACAAGUGCGUCAGCCUCGGCGUGCAGCCCGGCCCGCUGCUGGGACAACUCAAGAGCGGCAGGGACGUGGUGCUGGAGGACGGCCGCGUCGUCCGGUCGGAGGACGUCACGUCCCCGGACGAGGUCGGCGCCCAGUUCCUCGUCCUGGAGCUUCCCUCGCCGGACUUCCUCCCCUCGCUCUCCGACUUGAACUCGUCGCUGGACGCUUCACGGCUGGCGGCUGUCGUGCACUUCUCGCCGGCGGCGGUGAUGGACUCGCCCGAGUACCGGGCGUGGCGGGAAGGCCUGCCGGCGACCGUGCGCCACGUGGCGCUGAACGAGACGUGCCGCGGCCACGGUAGCGAAGCCGUCCACCGCCUGCAGCACCAACUGCACACCAUCGACCCGCAGCUGUUCCCGCUGCUGGCCGGCGACGACCCGACCACGGACCAGCCUACUGACGGCGCGCCCUGUAAGCGAGUCCGGCUGUCGUCAGAGGACGACCCGACGGCAGAGCAGGACCAGGACCAGGAGCAGGAGCAGGAGCAGGAGCAGGAGUCGUCGCUGAUCCACCCGCCGUCCGGCUGGGGCCUGAGCUUGCGGCCGCCAGCCGAGCCCGACACUGAGGGCGUGACGCCGGUGACGCCGGACGUGUACCGUGCGGAGCUGGCGGCGGACGAGGCCUUCUCGGCCCGGCUGGCCGAGUACCGGCAGGCGUCCGCCGCCCUGCCGCCCGCCGCCGCCGCCGGGGUCUACCCGCAGACCGUGCUGCUCGGCACGGGCAGCUCCAUCCCCAACAAGAAGCGGAACACGAGCGGCAUACUGGUCAACCUCAGUGAGGAGCACUCCGUGCUGCUGGACUGCGGCGAGGGCACCCACGGCCAGCUGGUGCGGCUGCUGGGACAGCAGCAGGCGGCCGCCGUCCUCCGUCGGCUCGGCGCCGUCUACAUAUCGCACCUGCACGCCGAUCAUCACAUCGGUCUGAUCAGCAUUCUGGAGGCGCGCCGACGGGCGCUGGGCGCCGAGCACCGGCCGUGCCUGCUGCUGGCGCCGGGCCCCAUCGCCGGCUACCUCACCAUGUACCACAACAAGAUGGCCCCGCUGCUCGACACGUUCUCGCUGGUGGCCAACGCGCGCCUGCAGCUGUCCAGCUCCGUCGUCUACUCGGGCGACACGCGGCCCUGCCCGGAGCUGGUGGCGCUCGGUCAGAACUGCGACCUGCUGAUCCACGAGGCGACGCACGAGGAUGAGCUGCAGGAAGAGGCGGAGCUGCGCGCCCACUCCACCACGUCUGAGGCGAUCGGCGUGGGCCGCGACAUGGCCGCCCGUCACGUGCUGCUGACGCACUUCAGCCAGCGCUACUCGAACCUGCCGCUGCUGCCGGAGCCGGCGCCCGAGAACGUCGGCGUCGCCUACGACAACAUGGUGGUGGACUACCGGCACCUGCCGCGGCUGCCGCUGCUGUACCCGUGCCUGCGGCAGGCCUUCGCCGAGUCCUACGACCAGUGCGUCGAGCGCACGGCGAAGCGGCGCGACCGCAAGCAGAAGCUGGCCGACCAGCUGGCCAACGACGGGCUGGUAUGACGUCACCGGUAGACGGCCGCGACGUCACGUGGGUGGGGUCGGGGCCGGGACCGGCUGGCCGGCCGCGCCGCAGACCAGCAUGGCGGCGCGUGUGGCGACGUGAUGUUGUACUGGUGACGUGUUACCGAUUCGCGGAGCGGGCAGCGUCUGGUGACGUCAUCAGUCCUCGUGUGUGACGUCAUUUGUGUGUGGGCGUUGAGUCAUUGCGUGCCCCGUCACACAUGUCCGAACUUGAUUCCUCCGAGACCUGGGACCGAAUGUGAUAUGGCCUUCCGGCCCGCUGGGUCGAAGCCGUGACGUCAUUGUUGCACGCCACCGGUCGGAGGAACGAGCGGGCGCUACGAGGCCGUAGGAAGGUGUUUUGGAAUUUACCUUUUGUUGAGUGGGUUGGAGCUUGUUGAUAAACUACCUUUGCGCCUGU